AUGUCUUAUUCUAAUAGCAAAUAUAUUAUUGCUUUAUUAAUUGUAUGUCUUUUGGUAAAUACCUUUGUCGACUCUGUUGCCAUACCUCAAGGGUUGAAAGAACGUUCUGAUACCUUCAAAUAUCUCUGUGGAGGAUUCAAAUUUGUCUGCCCUACCGAAGGUACGAAAAUCAAGAAUGGAGAAACAAUAGAAUUUAAAUGGACUAAAGAUAAGGAUGUAGAGUUAUACCGUGUCGAUGACGUUGAAUUAUUUACCCAGAACGGAUUAGUCAAAGUUUUGUGGAGUGAAGGAGCCAAUUUUACUGGAAAUUCCUGUUCAAAGAAGGUUAAAAUUAGCGUUCCAUUUGGUACAAAGCUGCCUGCCAUUUUCUUAUUUAGAAGUUGGGGUUCAACAAAAAAUGGACCACAGUUGGCGAUUUCAUCAUAA